AUGUCCCCUCUGGGUCCAACAUCUAGAGCAGGCACAUUCAUGCAUGUUUUCGCCCUGAGUCGUUGGUUGACCAGGCAUGUCCUUUUCACAGUGACAACAAAAGCUCAAGAUAUUUCCUUAAUGGGAAAAGUGUACUGGUACAAAACACCUCAAGUGCAAGCAGAACAAGGACUACAGAUAAGUAUUAAGAAAACUCAAACGAAUGUGCUUGAGAAUGUUCCUGAAGCUGUAUCAAGUAUUUCCCAGAUUGAACAAGAGGAUAUAUCAGAAUGGGGAGUCUCAGAUGCAGAAAGUGUAUUAUUUAAACCCCAGGACACUUUGGAAGUUCAGCCAACAGAUGAGUCAAGUAAACCUUUGGAAGGUGAACAGCCCAUAGCUGAUUCAAAAGCAGCUGAGCAGAUGUCUUUAAAGGUGAAAUCAUCUGAAUUGUUGCAAAUCAAAGGAAAAGAAGUUACACGAACACGAAAAAGUAAAUUAGGAAUUCCACAACAGAGACAAACCAAGGUUUCAAAACCGCUGUGUGAUCCAAAACUACCUAAAAAAAAAAUUCCACAAGACUACUCCACUCCAACCCUUCACGAACUGUGCGCCACUGUCCCCGCCCAGGAGCUGCCCAUUGAUUUGCGCCUGGCUUCUCGAGUGUAUCAUACAGCCAACAAGAAAGGCCACAGUACUCUUCUUGGAGUGUCUGGAACCUCUUUCUUAGACAACCGCUACACAGAUGAAGAGCAAAGAGAUAGAAUACUGCAAGGAAUUCCUUCAGUGGGUGACAAUCAAGAACACGUUGGUGUCCUUCCAACAACACCAGGGAUACCAACUGGCUUGGCACCAGGAAUUGGACGGAAUGCGCACAAACCACAUCUGCUUCUAUCAGGAGAGGAAGUGUCUGCUUACCCAGGAUUUACAAAGUUGUUUUGGAAUCUGACUUCACCCAAAUUUUCUGCUCCAGUAUCUGUCAUAAAAGAAAUCGUAUACCCCAAAUAUGAGGUACCUGGGUGCCACUCUCACCUCCCCGAGGGUCACUGCCAAUACCCAGGGCCCUGCAACCCUGGAGCAGUCUGUGCCACCUCCCCACAGGUCCAUGCCACUGUCAAGGGCCCAGAAACCAGGCCCUGGCUAUGGGCACUGCCUAUUGCUUCCAUAUUCUUGGAAGCUAGUGCAGGCUCUACACCGACACACCACCUAUCAAGGGGAUAA